UCCACCUCUAGGCUCUCAGGUUCCAUUCCAUCACAAAUCUCCCACAUGUUUAAUUUAAUCUCCCUUGAUCUCUCAACACUGUACACGGAUGUGUACCUUGUAGUUGAGCCCCACAUUUUUGAGUUACUCCUUCAAAACCUAACGCAAUUAGCACAACUUUCACUUGAAGGUUCCCUUAUUUCUUCUAUGCUGCCGCAAAACCUAAGUUCUUCAUUGGAAGCACUUAAUCUUGGGGGGACAAAUUUGUUUGGCGAAUUGUCGGAAGCAAUAUUCCAACUCCCCAACUUGCGAACACUUCAACUAUCCCUCAACAACCUCACUGGUAACUUGCUCAAGAACUUCAUUAAUAAUAACACCAUUAGCACAUUAAGCUAUCUUGACUUGUCUAUCAAUGAUUUCUUUGGUGACUUGCCCGAAUCUAUCGGAAACUUGAAACAUUUGUACCAUAUGGAUCUUUCCCAGUGCAACUUUUCUGGCUCUAUUCCCGAGUCCAUUGGAAAUCUAACACAAAUCACUCAUUUAGACCUCCAUUUUAACAAUUUCACUGGUCAGUUCCCGAGCCUCGGAAACCUUGAACAGCUCAUUGACCUAGACCUUUCUUUUAAUAAGAUUGAAGGCCAACUGCCAGAGGUUUUUAGCAACUUCCGAAACCUGACCGAUCUGAACCUUAGUUUUAACCUUUUCAAUGGUUACUUCCCAUCCUCAAUCUUGAACCUAACAAAACUCAUACUCUUAGACUUGUCAUCUAAUUCACUCAUAGGUCCUUUACCAAUGCAUAACAACAUUGCCAGCAGACUCAUCAACCUGGAUUCGCUUUCUUUGAACGACAAUUCAAUCAACGGUACAAUACCAUUUUGGUUGUUCACCCUACCCUCAUUGACUCAAAUAGACAUGGGAGAUAACCAACUCACUGGCCAACUCUAUGAAUUCCAGUAUCAAUCCUCACUGCAACAAUUAUAUCUAACCAGCAAUAACCUAAAUGGUCCAAUUCCUAAAUCGAUUUCGAACCUAGUGAAUCUUAGCGCGCUUGACUUAUCAUACAAUAACUUCAGUGGGAAUCUAGAGGUUAGCAUCUUUUCAACCUUGCAACAACUCAGUUACCUUGACAUAUCUUUCAACAGUUUAUCUCUCGUCGAUAGCCUAGAAAAAUCUACUUUGCCUCCUCUUGAGUCCCUAUGGUUGUCAUCUUGUGGGGUAAGGAAUUUAGAUUUCUUAACAGGAAUCAGUGGUCUACAAUAUUUGGAUCUUUCCAACAAUAUGCUUCAAGGCCGAAUUUUUACCACACAUAAGGAAUCCUCAUACAUCUGGGGUGAAGAUUUGGUUUACCUGAACUUAUCUUACAAUUCUUUAACUCAUAUCGACCAGUUUUCAUUUCCAUCCCUGCAAUAUCUUGAUCUUCGUUCAAACUUCUUGCGCGGUCCAUUGCAUAUGCCAUCUACUGUCAUGAAUUAUUACUUUGCAUCGGAUAAUAAAUUCACCGGAAAAAUCCCUUCAUCCGUAUGUAAUAAUUCUUACCUCACGUUACUUGAUUUGUCAAACAACAACCUGAGUGGUGCAUUCCUCCAUGUUUAGGGAACAGUAGCACAAACCUUUUGGUAUUGGAUUUGCACUCAAAUAAUUUUCAAGGAACAGUUCCAUCAGAUUUUCCAGUCGGGUGUGGACUAAUAAGCCUUAGCCUGCGCGACAACCAGUUAGAAGGUGGAGCCCCUCGCUCCUUGUCCAAUUGCUU